UCCAGUCCAUUCUCCAAAAUUUCUGUUUUUUUAUUUAUGAGCACAGUACUCAAUUGCCGAAUUAUUCAUCCAAGAUCAGACAAACCAAAAAAAACAGGCAUAAUCAAUCGAUCGAUCGGUCUAAGUUCUAACCAUGGAAGUAGGAGCUUCGUCAUCUUCUUCUCCCACCAGACGGAAGACCGAGUAUGAUGUUUUCAUCAGUUUUAGAGGCGAGGAUACUCGCUACGCUUUCACAGCCCAUCUUUUUGAGGCUCUGCGCAUCAGAAAAGUUCACACCUACUUAGACGAGGUCACUCUCAAGAGAGGAGACGAAAUCUCACCUGCGCUACUUCAAGCAAUUCAGCAAUCCAAGAUUUCUGUCAUCGUUUUCUCGGAAAAUUAUGCCGACUCCUCGUGGUGUUUGGACGAGCUUGUGAGAAUUAUGGAGUGCAAGGAGAUUCAUGGGCAGCAAGUGGUUCCCAUUUUUUACCACGUUGAUCCUUCGUGUGUGAGGAAUCAAAAGGGGCCUUAUGAGCUUGAAGAGCGAUUUAAAGAUAAGAAGAUGGAGAAGUUGGAGAUUCAUGGGCAGGCAUGGAGGAAUGCUUUGACAAAAGCCGCCAAUUUGUCCGGUUGGAGUACUCAUCAGAUCAGGUCUGAACCCCAAUGGAUGAAAAUAAUUGUUGAAGAUAUUAUCAAGAGAUUGAGGUCAAUGUCUUCUUCAAGUGCUUCUUUGAAGGAGCUAGCUGGAAUACAAAGACGCAUGAACCAAGUUGAAUCAAUGUUGUGCCCAAACUCAUCCAGUGAUCGGGUGAUAGUAGUGGGCCUUUGGGGGAUGGGGGGUAUAGGCAAGACAACCCUUGCUCGGGCUGUGUUUGACAAGAUUUCUCAUCACUUUGAAGGUUGUUGCUUUCUUUCAAAUGUCAGAGAAAAAUGGGACAAUGGACGAAAUAAGUAUGAUCUACAGAAUAAGCUUUUCUGGGAAUUAUUGGAUGAAGAAACUAAUAAUACAAAAAUGAUGUCCUCUUUUGACAAAAAUAGACUCCACUCCAAGAAGGUUCUCAUAGUUCUUGAUGAUGCUAAUGAUCCAGAGCAAUUAGAAUUUUUGGCUGGAGAUGGUAAAUGGUUUGAGUUGGGGAGUAGAAUCAUCGUAACAACGAGAGAUGUGCAAUUGCUUAAGAAUCGAGUUGAUCAUGAGAUAUACAAAGUUGAGGAAUUAAGUUUUGAUGAAGCUUUCCAACAUUUUCAAAAGAUUGCUUCAACAAGAAACAUUCCAAUAGGAGAGUUUACAGAACUAUCAAGAAGGGCAGUAGAGUAUGCAGGAGGCAUUCCACUAGUUCUUCAAGUAUUGAUGGGUUCCCUAUUUCGUGAUAAUAACAAAGGGAGAUGGGAAAGUGUACUGGAUGACUUAAAAGAUUCUCCCAAUGAAAAAAUUCACAAUGUGCUAAAGAUUAGUUACGAUGGUCUACCAAAAAAAGAAAAAGAUGUCUUUCUUGAUAUUGCGUGUUUUUUUAAAGGAGGUGAAAGAAGUAAUGUAGAAAGAAUACUAAAAGGCAGUGAUUCUUUUGUUGGCAUGAGAAUAGAUAAUCUGGUUGAUAAGUCUCUCAUAGCUAUUGAGAAACACAUGGACUGGGAUUCACUUUGGAUGCAUGAUUCGGUACAAGAAAUGUGUUGGGAAAUUGUUAACCAACAAUCCAUUAACAAGCCUGGAAAGCGUAGUAGAUUGUGGAAACCUGAAGAUGUUUAUCAUGUCUUCAAAAACAAUAAAGUGUCAGCUGAGGUUGAAGGAAUAUUCUUGGACAUCUCUAAGAUUAAAACAUUCAAUUUGAGUCCCAAUGUGUUCCUGGAGGCAAACAAUCUCAGAUUGCUCAAAAUUCAUAGUUCUAACAGAAUCAACAAUACUAAAUUAUGUUUCCCUCAAGGUCUUCAAUCUCUUCCGGACGCACUUAGGCUUCUUUCCUGGGAAGGAUGUCCACUCAAAACUUUUCCAUUAAGUUUCGAUCCUAUAAAGCUUGUUCAACUUAGAAUGCCAAAGAGUCAAGUUGAGCAACUUUGGGAUGGAAUCCAGCAUCUACCGAACCUGAAGAUUAUGGAUCUCAGUGACUCCAAGAACCUGACCUGUAUUCCAGAUCUGUCUCAAGCUCCUAAUCUUCAACGGAUAGUUCUAGAUAAUUGCAUAAAUUUGCUCCCUGUUACAUCACAUUUUCAAAAUCUUGAAAAGCUUAUUCAUUUGUAUAUGAAUUAUUGUGUGAAGCAGACAAGUGCUCCCAACUUAAGGCCGUCUAUUGAAAUUCUUGAACUUAACGGUUGUCAGAAUCUUAAAAAUAUUCCAGAAAUAAAGGGAAAUAUGGCUGAAUUAGAUUUACGUGAGACUUCUAUAGAAGAAUUGCCUUCAUCUAUUGGCUCCUUAGACCAACUCCAAGUAAUUAGACUUGAGGACUGCCAAGGCCUUAAGAGUCUUCCAGCAAGCAUUUCCCAGUGGCAAUACUUGACCCGCCUUUUUCUAUCUGGCUGCUCAUCUCUUGAAAAUUUACCAGAUCUUCCAAAGACUAUAGAUACUUUAAAGUUGUGUGGAACAUCAAUAGAUCAACUGCCCACAUCUAUUGAAUCUCUUCCUUUUCUCAGAAGCAUUUAUUUAAAAAAUUGCAAAAGGCUUCAGAGUCUGCCAACCCACAUUUACAAGUUAAAGGGUCUUCACUCUCUUGAUCUAAGUGGUUGCUCUAAAAUUGACCACUUCCCUGACAUUUUAGAGCCUAUGGAGAAAUUAGUUUACCUUAAUUUAUCUGGAACAGCAAUCAAAGAGCUACCUACAUCAGUUAAAAAUCUACCUAAUCUCGAGAUGCUGGGGUUGGGAAGGUGUGAAAAUCUCCAGUUUCUGCCGUUGUCUGAGCUUCCAUUACGUCUAAAUGUUCUAAAUGCACAAGGUUGCACAUCAUUGGAGAGACUAUCGCCUUCGAGGAUUGAACUCACAAAACUUAAUGUUCGUCACUCCUUUUUAAUGACUCAUAUCAUCUCAUUUUUUAAUUGCCUAAAGUUGGACCACAACACACGCAACAUCAUAUUAGCAUAUGGGCAGCUCAGGAUUCUUCAAAACGCAAGCCUAAAAUUAAGGGACCCUGAUAGAUGUGUUUGUAUUUGCUAUCCAGGCAACGAAAUUCCAGUUUGGUUCAACUAUAUUGCAGAUUGUUCUGAGGUUGUCCCACUUCCUUCGAAUUGGCUCAAUUCCAAUUUCUUGGGUUUUGCUCUAAGCUUUGUUGCUGAAUUUGAGGAGUACUAUUAUUCUUCUGAAGGUUUGAGAUUCCUAAUUCAGUUUCAAGUGACAACCAAGUCAGGUGAAUGUCACAAAUACAGCAUAUUUAAGAAGAUAGUUCAUAGAUGUGUUGAUGAGAAGGAAUGCCUUCUUAGUUCGGAUCAUGUAUUCAUGUUGUAUGAGUCCGACAGCUUUUAUGCUUGUAAAGACAUAGAAGAAGCUGAUAACAUUACUGGAGUCUCAUUUUCAAUUUGUCCAGUAGGUGUAGAUAAAGUAACACCUAUUCAGUCGUGUCAAGUGAAAACAUGUGGUUUCCGCUUGUUGUAUCUCGAAGAAGCUCGGGAAUUUGGUCUCCUGGAUGAUGAUGAUGAUGAUGAUGAUGAUAAAUGUAAAAGAAGAAGAAUAAGAUGAUGAUGAUGAUGACU